UCAAGCAUUAUAUCUGUGAGCGUCAAGAAGUAAACAUCAAGCGAACAUCUAAGAGAUAUAAUACAUUUUAAAUUUAAAGUUGAGAAAUGAAGUCGUUUCUGGGACUACUCAAUAUUGCCUACACCAUUUUAUUGCUUGUCUUGCUGACCAAAUUCAGUGCUGCAGUGGAGCAUGAUAAGAUUCGUCGUGGUGCCAACAUGGGUCUCUAUACGUUUCCACGCGUCGGACGCAGCGAUCCGAGCCUGGUGAACAGCCUGCACGAUGACAACGACGCGGUUGCCUAUGAGACCCUCUACGGAUUUGGUGAUGCCUCCGCUGAAGAUUUUGAAGAGUAUCAAAAGCGCGCCAGUUUGGUUCCAUUUCCUCGUGUGGGACGCAGCGAUUCUGAACUGAGAAAAUGGGCCCAUUUGCUGGCACUACAGCAGGCACUGGACAAACGCACCGGACCCAGCGCCUCGUCUGGCAUGUGGUUUGGACCACGUCUGGGCAAGCGUAGCAUCAAUGUCAAGGACUAUCCGGCUGAUACAAAAGGACAAAAGGAAUUGUUCUAAAUGAUAAAGAAGGCAAAGGCACCCGAAGGAAACCACAAAACGCUCGAAAAGGCUUUCCAAUAUAUUUAUUAUGAAUCUACAAAUUUUAGUACACUAUUUACGACCACUUGAACCACUUGAUUAUAGCUUGAAAGAGAUCAACAUUGCAACGGAAUAAUAUAAUGGGUAUAUAAUAAACAAGUAAAUAUAGCAUA